UAUAUUGAAUCUAACACAUUUGCAUUGUUUACAAAAAUAUUUUCUUCAAGAUCCUUUUUGUUGGUCUUUUUCAUCUUUCAGAUCUCUAAGGAACCAUCCAAAACUUGGUGAUCGAUGGAUUUCUUUCAUAAGUUGAAGAAUUGGUUAUUGUUCUGUAGCUUGUUUCUUCAAUGUGCUAGUGGAUUUUAUCUACCUGGUAGUUUCCCACACAAAUAUUAUGUGGGUGAUCAAUUAUCUGUCAAAGUGAACUCCUUGACCUCAAUUGAUACAGAAUUACCUUAUGGAUAUUACAGCUUACCUUUUUGUAAACCUUUAGAAGGUAUCAAGGACAGUGCUGAAAACUUAGGUGAGCUUCUUAGGGGAGACAGAAUUGAAAACUCUCCCUAUAGGUUUAAGAUGCACGUAAACGAAAGUGAGUUAUUUUUGUGUCAAACAAAUGCAUUGUCAGCUGAUGAAUCCAAGGUUUUGAAAGAACGGAUCGAUGAGAUGUAUCAAGUCAAUCUGAUUCUUGAUAACCUCCCUGCAAUUCGGUAUAUGAACAGAGAAGGUUUUUCCCUUAGGUGGACUGGUUAUCCAGUUGGUAUUAAGGUUAAGGAUGUGUAUUAUGCGUUCAACCAUUUGAAAUUUACUGUGCUGGUUCACAAGUAUGAGAAGAGUAAUACUAUGCCUGGUGUGAUCGGGGCUGGAGAUGGUAUUGAGUUAAUUACAACAGACGAUAAGUCUGUCACAGACACGCCGAGUUACAUGGUUGUUGGAUUUGAAGUUGUCCCCUGCAGCUUUCAGCAUAAUAUAGAUUUGCUUAAGAAUCUAAAACAAUAUGAUAAGUAUCCUGCACCAAUUAAUUGUGAACCGGCUGCAGUAGCAGCGAUGAUUCAGGAUGGCAAGCCAUUGAUUUUUAGCUAUGAGGUCAGCUUUGUGGAGAGUGACAUUAAGUGGCCAUCAAGAUGGGAUGCAUAUUUAAAGAUGGAAGGUGCAAAAGUUCAUUGGUUUUCAAUUCUUAAUUCCAUGAUGGUUAUCACUUUCCUAGCUGGAAUAGUUCUGAUUAUUUUCUUGAGGACAAUUAGAAGAGAUCUAGCUCGGUAUGAAGAGCUUGACAAAGAGGCUCAAGCUCAGAUAAAUGAGGAAUUAUCAGGGUGGAAACUUGUCGUUGGCGAUGUCUUCAGAGUUCCAGAGAAUUCAGAGCUCCUCAGUAUGAUGGUUGCUGAUGGAUGUCGUAUUUUAGGAAUGGCACUUGUGACAAUAUUAUUUGCGGCUCUUGGAUUUAUGUCUCCAGCCUCUAGGGGCACGCUUAUCACUGGCAUGCUUUUGUUCUACAUGUUCUUAGGUAUUAUUGCUGGCUAUGUUGCUGUUUGGCUCAAGAAAACCAUGAGUGCUGGUAACACCAAUGGAUGGCUUUCAAUUGCGUGGAGAGUUUCUUGUUUUUUCCCUGGAAUUGCAUUUCUUAUACUAACUAUUCUGAAUUUCCUCUUAUGGGGAAGUCAUAGUACUGGUGCAAUUCCUUUCACUACAUACAUUGUUCUGUUGCUGUUGUGGUUUUGCAUCUCUAUGCCUCUUACACUCAUUGGUGGAUUUAUCGGUACAAAGGCUCCACACCUCGAGUACCCUUGUCGUAGCAACCAAAUUCCUCGGGAAAUCCCAGCAAACAGAUUUCCGACUUGGGUGCUAGUAAUUGGAGCAGGAACUCUGCCAUUUGGAACUCUGUUUAUUGAACUCUUCUUCAUCAUGUCUAGCAUAUGGCUCGGUCGUGUUUACUAUGUUUUCGGGUUUCUGUUGGUAGUGUUAAUCUUGCUAGUGGUUGUUUGUGCUGAAGUGUCUUUGGUCCUGACUUAUAUGCAUCUUUGCAUGGAAGAUUGGAGAUGGUGGUGGAAAUCAUUCUUCACGUCUGGCUCAGUGGCGAUCUACAUAUUUUUCUACUCUAUCAACUAUCUUGUUUUCGAUCUCAAGAGCCUUAGUGGGCCUGUCUCAGCUAUGCUGUACUUAGGCUACUCGCUUUUAAUGGCGCUUGCUGUUAUGCUAGCAACUGGAGCUAUAGGCUUCUUGACGUCUCUAUUCUUCGUGCAUCGUCUCUUCUCUUCAGUGAAAAUAGAUUGAAGAAGGUGACCUAGUUGAGUUCCAUUUUCAAGGUUAUUGCUGAUAACAUGAAGAUCGGGUGGAGACUAAUGUUAACCACAUGCAAAUUUUGCUAGCUUUAUAGUACUUUCUUCAAAAUAUUUCCAAUUUGUUGUCCUUUUGCUUCAUACAUUUGAAAGGAAAUAAGAUCAGUUUCUGAGAAAUUCUGAGAGUGUAUGAAGUGAGUUUAUACUAGCACUAAGAGUCUGCAGGCACAACACAUGGCUUCUCAGGUCUCAAAAACAUUUUUUAAUGGUUUUCAGGAUUCUUAUUCAUGUACUGUCAACCAUGGUGUUCGUUUAAAGACACUUCUAGUGAACACUUUCUUUCUUAGGAGCUUGCAUAUAAGUCUCCACUAGAGUUUGUUGUUUCAUUGCCGAACCUUAUACUAUGUUGAUCAAAGAAUAGAUUAAUUAUCAUCUUUGACUUAUCUAACUGAUAUAUUUA